GGCUGCUCCGGUGGCUGCGGCGGCCAUGGAGGCCCCGGGGCGGCGGCGGCGGCAGCAGCAGCAGCAGCAGCAGCAGCAGCAGCAGCAGCAGCAGCAGCACAGCCGGCGGUGCCCCCGGGACGUGACCGGGCCCUUCCCGCACUGCGUGGCGCUGAGGGCCAAGCCUCCAAAGGAUCAAUCAAGUGAACAUUUUGUCUUUGCCCGGAGGCAGAAGGAUAAGGAGGAACAGGAAUAUUCUGAUUUCACCAGGGAGUUCCACCGGUUUUGCAACAUCUACAAGUGGCACCAAAGCAACCAACACAAAUGGCUCCACGGGGCUGUGCAGAGAAAGGUGGAUGCCAAAAUGCAGGAAUAUCUGGCAGGGCUUCAUGAGAGAAGAGAGAGGCUUCGUGAGCUUCUGGAGGGAGAGGAAAGUCAGUACAUUGUUGAGAUUGAUUCACUUGAAGAAACAGUCCAGGGGAGACAACAGAAAAUGAGGGAACGAGCAAAAUUACUGAGAGAGAAGAGAGAAAAAGAGAGACAACAACUGGUGGCUGAAAAACGAGAGCAGCAAUUCAGACAACAAUGCGAUGAGCUUCGCUUGCAGCUGAUGAAGAAGCAUCAGCAGGAAGUGUGUGAAGACCGGUUGGCCCAGGUAGCUCUGAAGGAGGAGCUGAAAAAGCAGCAGCAGCAGGAGGAGCAGAUGUUUGCUGACCUUUGGAAAGAGGACAGGUUGGCUAAGGAGAAGAGAGCAGUGAUGGAGAUGCAGAGACUGGCCAAGCAGCAGCGGGAAGUCCGGGAGGGGCUCAGUGCCCAGGUAGCGGAGCUCAGCGCUCAGCAGGAGGAGGCCAAGAGGCUGAAGGAGGAAGAAGCUCAGUUGUUGGAAGAGGAGCAGGAGCUGCUUCAGCUGGAAAAGGAGCAACUUCAGAAGGAGAAGCUCCAGAAGCAGAAGGAAUGCAGGGAUAUGUUGCUCAGUGCAGCCCAGGAGAAGCAGAAACGUCUUCAUGAGGAAAAACAAGAUGAACUUGCCCUCGAGUUGAAGAUCUUGGAAAAAUGUCUUCAGGAACCCCAGCAAGACACUGAGGAGAAAACCAAAAGAAAGCAAGAGCUGCUCAAGGAGCAGCAGACAUACCUGGCACACCUGGCUCAACAGCUGGAGGAGGAGAGACAGCGAGAAGAAGAAGCAGAGAAGGCCCACAAGGAAGAGAUGGAGAAGGUUUGGGCCAAGAAGGCUGAGAAAAUGAGAGCAGAGAAGGAGGCUAGAAGGCAGCUGCUGAAGGAUGUCCUGGACACAAGGCAAUGGCAGAUAGAGCAGAAGGUGCAGAGAAAUGUAAAGGAGCAGGAAGAACUCGCUCAGGAGAAGAAGUUAUUAGAUGAAGCCAUCUCAGAACUCAACCACAUAGAAGAGGAGAAAUAUGCAAGGAAACUGAAGGAAGCCAAAGAAUACCAGGAGCAGCUCAGGGCUCAGAUUGCCCAUCGAGAACAGGCACGUGAUGCUGAGGAAGAGGAGAAGCAGCGAGAAGACGAAUCAGCUCGAGAAGAAGAGAGAGCCUACCAGGAGAGGAUACAGAACGUCUUAGCAAGGCCUUGGGGGAAACCAGCAGCCACCCACCCUUCCAGAAGACAAGUCCUGUCUAACUCCCUACAACAGAAUUUACACUGAAGUCACCCUGAAAACCAGUUUCUCAGGGUGUUUGUACCUGGCUCUGUUUGUAACUCUCCCCUCUCCACCGUGAUACUCAAAGUAUUUACCUGGAAAAUACAGUCAAGGUAGGAUUUGAAAGGUUAUUUUUCCCCAGUUCUUUCAUUCUUUGACAAAGUGACAGCUCCAAACCCGAGGAUUUAACACUUUACUCCAAGAAUACUCUGUUCCCUGCAGUAUCAUGUUUGAUCAUGACAUGAUUGAGGCUUUCUUUAACAGCCACACCAUGAAAUUUUGUAGCAGAGCUUCAGCAAAUUUUUAUUCCAGUGCCUUUCAAACUGCAAAUAUUUCCAAAAUCUUUUGAUGUGUUUAGACAAAAAGGUCUUGGUGACUUACCUUCGUUUUCCUUGUCAAUUAGAAAGUGAUGAAUCUGUUUUGCCUUGGGAUGGACAGUCAAGAGCUGAUAUCCAUGUAUUCCCAUAGCUGUCCAAUCAUCUGUGGUAUAUUGGGGUCCCAAAGGUAGAUUGUGAGACCUUUUCUUGGACAGAAUUAACUGUGCAGGACUUAAUUUGUUAUCAGAUUGCAAAAAAUAAAUAAUAAAAAUAAAAAUAAUGAGUUAUGC